AUGUACCUUGCCGUUGGCCGUCGUACGUCACCGGAGGUUUGGGAGUCAAUCGAACAGUCUUUGGCUUACGCAUCUCGUGCCCGGUCACUAAAUCUCAUUGGCCAACUUCAGUCUCUUAGUCAAAGAGAUUCCACGGUUGCCGAUUAUAUUGGUCGUGCACGUGUUAUUAUGGAGGACCUAUCCCUAGUCAGUCGGUCGGUUGGAUUGGACGAGAUGAAUCUUUAUGUGUUUCGGAGUUUACGGUCAGAGUUUCAAAAUCUGACCGCGUCGCUUUCGGUCCACGGACAGCCCGUUACCCUUGGAGAGCUAGCCGAUUUUCUCGGUGCUCAAGAAUUCAUAAGAGGAUCCGUCACUGGCAGUUCGCUGCCCAGCGUGGCGGACAAACUUGCUGAGGUGGUCACGGUGGUCAAGCUCAAGGCGGUGGCCGCCCUAUCUACAUUUGAAGAGUACACGGGUAAUGAUACAUUGCGUGUUGGUGAUGGUAAGGAUACCAACACCAAGGAAGUUCUUCUUCAGGACAAUAGCUCCGGGGGUCUAUAUAGGCUUCCAAUCGCCAAUUCGUCUCCCUCCGCGUUUCUUUCCGCUCGUAUGUCUCCGUCAAUGUGGCAUGAUCGUUUAGGACAUCCACAUCAUCGUGUUUUACUUCGUAUUCUUCAGUCAUGUUCGUCUCACGGCGCCACUGAUGUCGCUCCCAGUAGCGACACUGCCGCAUCGCCUUCGCCGCUACACACCGCCAACGAGCCAGCCAACCUGCUCGAGCACGAGCCGCAUGAACCGUCUGCCCAGCCGGCUAAACGACCUUGUGGCCAACCUCGAGACAAAUCCGUGAAGUCCACAGUUCGGACUCACGAGAUGAGCACUCGGAGUCGGUUUCAGGCUCCACCAUCAGCUUUGACGGUUCAGGUUUGUCCUUCGGAUUCCACUUGUUACACUCAGGCAGUUAAGUAUCCAGAGUGUCGUGAAGCUAUGGAUCAAGAAUUUAAUGCUCUUCUUCAUAAUCAAACAUGGCAUCUUGUACCAUCACAGGCAUGUAUGAAUAGUAUUGGGUGUAAGUGGGUCUUUCAUACAAAACGAAAGGCUGAUGGCUCCAUUGAGAGACAUAAAGCACAACUUGUAGCAAAGGGGUUUAAUCAGGUGCCUGGACAAGAUUCUUUGAUACUUUCAGUCCAGUGGUCAUGCCUACUACUAUCAGUUUAUGUGGAUGAUAUACUUAUGAUGGGGAGUGAUCAGGAUCUAGUUACUCAGCUAGCGUCAAAACUUUCCACUGCAUUUAAAAUUAGAGAUCUUGGUGAACCUGGAUUCUUUCUUGGAAUUGAGACAGUUAAAUGCAAUGAUGGAAUUUUGCUUUCACAAAAGAGAUACAUGAAUGACAUUCUAAAAUGUGCUGGAUUGGCAGAAUGUAAAGAACUAUCUACUCCUAUUUCUACCUCGAAACCCGUGAUCAUUGAUACAGGCUUGUAUGAUGACCCUACACAGCACAAGAGUUUGGCUAGUGCAGUACAGUAUUUAACUAUCACUCGUCCUGAUCUUUCCUUUGUAGUCAAUCAGUUGUGUCAACACAUGCAUGCUCUUACAGUUUCUCACUGGGAACAAUUAAAACGAGUUUUGAGGUACGUUAAAGGAAUUAUUUCUUUUAGUUUACGAGUCAGAAAGUCAUCUUCAAGGGAAAUUCAUGCCUUCUCUGAUUCUAACUGUGCUGGAUGUCCGGAGGACUGA